UUUGUUCCAUUUACGUCCUUUUAGAGUCUAAGACUAUGUAGGACGGCUUUGCCCUAAAGGCAAAGCAGUAGAUCUAAUUACAAUCAGGUUCUUUAGUAUUCUUUGACCUUAGGGGAGACCCCGUGCCUAAGGCAAUGCCAAAGGACUUCAAAACAGCGCAAGACAAAGGAAAUCAAACGAGUGUCGUUGUCUGCAGCCGGGGCUGCAGAAUUUUCGCGCCAAGCUUUUUGCAGAAUUUUCAGCCGCCAAGCUUUUUGCAGAAUUUUCAGCGGAUCCUUCCGCUUCGCACGCACGCUGCAAAUUUGAAUGCAAAAGCAGUGCAAAAGCAGAAGCAGCUGUCCAACUCGCUGUCUUCUCUUGUCCUCAAUAUGCCUUUGUGGAACUGUAUGCCGCUUCCAAACGUAUACAGCUACG